AUGUCAAAGCCACAUUGUACAGAAGUACAUAAUACUGUGGCCAGGGGUGGGACCAGCGAUAUUAUGGUUGCCACAGAUUUAUCAUGCAGACUUUACGAGCAUGAUAUAUCAUAUUGCAAACGGGACACAUACCCAUCAACGGCUAAACAAAUUGAACCCCCAAACGACCAUGGUGACGAUACUGCAACUAACUAUGGGAUAAUAGCAGGGAUUAUCGGAUUUCCUAACACUGGCCAGCCUGUGGUAAAUGCGGAUAUUCAUGAACAAGAACAUUUACUCGAGCCGGAUGGAGAUGAACAAGGUGAUAAUCAUACACAUGGUAAUUCGGACUCAUUACCAAAUAGUAGUAUUGGCAAUGCCCAUUCAAAGAACGGGCCCGAUCACGUGACUAGUUUAAAUCUAAUACCAAAUGUAUCAGAAAUACGUACAGGCACACCACAGAUGAGUAACAUGGUCGAUUAUAAUACGAAUCAAGAUGAAAGCGCAAACCCAAACGAAACUAGACCAAAAAUAAUAUUUGAAACGCAUAAUAUUGGCUCUCAACACAACCAUAAUCAAGUGAUAAUCAAUAUUGCUCAAUUGGAUGAUGCUCGUUUGGAUACUGAACUUCAUUCAAACCUUAAUGGCAAUAAUAAUAUUAAAGCAACUAUCAAUAACAAACAAGCAAUACAAACAACCGACUUGGAAGACCUAGGUGAUGCUCGUUUUACCGAUAUUAGUUCAAUUGGCGAGGGCUCGUUUGGGCGAGUAUAUAAGGCCCAGCAUGUCGCCGAUGAUAAUGUAUACGCAAUAAAAGUGAGCAAACAUAUUACUGAAUCGUCCCUUAUUAACACCGAGGUGGAUACUCUGCGUCAACUGACCAGCGACUACGUGGUUGAGUUCAUAAAGCACUGGGUGCAUAAUGGGCGCACUUUUAUCCAGAUGAAAUAUUAUCCAUACAACCUAGCGCAAAUCAUUGUGGUAAUAGAGGACACAUUUGGCCCGAACUCACUCCUACCAAAUCACCCACUCGUACGGCCUGUCCGACGGUAUAUCGGGUGCGAGCUUUUCAUAGAGAUGGCUCGAGGUUUACAUUAUCUGCACACUCGCCACCCGCCUAUCAUUCAUCGCGAUCUGAAGCCCACGAACGUGGUGUUCGACCCCAACCCAGUGCUCACCCUUAGCUCACCCGGCGGUGUGUUCUGUAAACUAUGCGAUUUUGGAUCGGCCACACAGUGCGGACCCACCGGUCAAAGUACGGUAAUAGACAAACCAUUUAUCGGCACUGAGCGCUAUCGGGCACCGGAUGCCGAUUCUGGACGAUAUAAACGUAAAAGUGAUUUACACAGUUUGGGGCACAUCGUACCAGAUCUUAUGGAUAUUGAUUGGUGA